AUGGAACUAUUUAAAGUUGAAGAUGUUAAUGGUCAAUUAAGUUAUGAAAUAACGUUAGGAUGUUCAUAUAAUGAGUAUAUGUUUGUAUGUACUAUAGAAGGGUUCAUAUAUCGUUAUAAAAUAAUUCAGAAUAAAGAAAGAAAUAGUAAUAAUAUUGAGCUAAAAUUUCUUGAUAGUUGUUUAAUAAAAAAAGAUAAAAAGAUAAGUAAAAUAAUUAUAGUAGAAUGUGAUAAUACAUUCAUAUUAUUAAUUUUAAUUGAUGAUCAUAUUUAUUUUAUAAAAAAUUCCAAUUUCCCAAAUUAUAAUUUAAUUUCCAAAAAUGUAGAUUUAUUUACAAUAAAUGAAAAUAGAAGAUUUGAACUAUUAUUAUAUGGACAAAAAAAAAAAAAAUUAUAUUUUUAUAAAUAUGUUGAUAAUAAUUAUAAAUUAUAUAAAGAUAUGCAAUGUUUGGAUAUUUUAACUUGUUUUUUAUGGAUAAAUAAUUCUUUAUUUUUAGCGAUAAAUAAAAAUUAUUAUUUACAAGAUUUGUGUAAUAAUAGGCACACAAAUAACAAUAAUAAUAGGGUGCUUUUAUAUUCCCAUGAAUUUGAACAAACCUAUAAAUAUAUAACUUUAAUUAAUAUUCAUGAAAUUUUUAUUGUUUGUGAUUUAAACAUUGGUGUAUUUUAUGAUGUUGAAACCUCUAUGCCUUCACGAAAAAAUACAAUUAUAUUACCAAGUAAUAUAAUUCAACUAAUAUCAUUUCGAUUUUUUUUAUGUUGCUUAAGUUCAAAAGGUGUAUUGAAUUUUUAUAACACAAACAACCAACAACAUAUACAAACAAUUGAUAUCAAAAAUGAAAUAAAUUUAGUAGUUAAUUUUGUUAGUAUUGGAGGAAGAAAUAUGUUAGGUGAACUAUUUAAUUUUGAAAAUAAUGAUGAAUAUGAUUUAUAUAAUUCUAAUAAUAAUUGUGGAUUUUCAAAUUUUGAUGAUUUUGGACAAGAAAAAAAAUCUCCAAAAAAAAUAUUAAAUUUUAAAGAAAUAUUAAACGAAACUGUUAUGACAAAUAUAAAAGGAAAUAAAAAAAAAUAUGGGUUAAAUAUAUUAGAUAGUAAAGAUAUAAAAUAUGAAAAUAGUGAAUAUAAUAUUGAUGAAGAAAAAAUGGAAAUGGUAAAACUUUUAUCCAUUUCUGAUGAACAUAAUUAUUUAAAAAAUUGUUUAUACAUUAUUAAUAAUAAUUUUAUAAAAGUAAUUAAAUGUAUAGAAUUAUAUAAGCAUUUACCAAAAUGUAUAGAACAAAAUAAAAUUGAAACUGGAUUUUUAUUAAUAGAAAAUAAUAAUUUUGAAAAUGAAAUGGAUAAAAUUAAUAUACUACAUGAAUAUAAUAAAGCGUGUGCAUAUUUUUAUUUUAAAAAAUUAAAUUUUUCGCUUGCAUUUAUGCUUUUUGAAAAAGUAGAUAUUAAUAUUUUUUUUCUUUUAUCUUUUUGGGCAAAUUAUUUUAAUUCCUCAUUUAAGAAAUAUGACAACGAAAAGGAUAUAUAUUUACAUCCCCAAGACAAAACAAAUGACAUUAAAACUAUAGAAGAAAAUAUUAGUAAACCAUUUAAACAAUUUGUUCCAAUUGUUUGUACUAUUUAUGAAUUAAUUGAACGAGGAUAUCAUAUAUAUUCUCAAAAUACCAUGAAAAGUUAUAUGGAUACACAUAUUAAUGAAAAUGAUAAUAAUUUUAUAUCAAAACAAAAAAUACUUAGCAUUGCUAAUAUUUGUUUAACAAAAUAUAUAUUGAAAAAAAGAGACUUUUUUAUUGAAAAUAAAUAUGAUAUAAAAAUUGAGCGAAAUAUUUGGGAAAAUAUAACUAUGCCAAAACAUAAGGAAAAACAAAUUGAAGAAUCAUCAAUAACUCAAUCUUUGUCGUCUGAAUAUAUAUAUAUUGAUGAAUUGAUCGAUAAUAUUCUUAUAAAGUUAAUGGUAAAUAAUAAUUAUAAAAAUUUCACUCAAUUUAUUAUGAAAACACCAAAUUUAAAUUUAAAUAUAAAUGAGUGCAUACAAUAUUUAAAGGAAAAUCAUAAGUUCAUUGAAACAAUUUUAAUAUACAUACGAUUUCAUAAUUUUGAUGUUGCAAUUAAAAUGUGUAUAUCAUUUUUGCAUUAUUAUAAACUGAAAGAAAAUAACGACCAAAAUGACGUUCUCCAAAAUGAACAUAUCGAUUAUGGAUAUAGCUAUAUGGGAUAUGAAAAAAACGGAGAUGAUCAAGAUAUGUGGUGGUGCAAAAUGUUAGACGAAAAAAAUUUUAAAAAUAAUAUCGAACGAAGUAAUACUUUUCAUUCUAUCCUAAAAGAAAUAUAUAAUGUUCUAAUAAUUUUAAAUGGCAAUGUUCAUUUAAUAAAUAUAGAAGAAAGUGGAAUAAAAAAGCUUUUUGAAUAUUCAUUUCCAUUUUUAUUAAAAUAUAAUGAAAAAUUAUUUUAUGAUUUUAUUAUAAAUAAUAAUUUGAUUUUACGUCCUCAUGAAAUAUUACUUACAUUUAAAAAACUACAAGACAUAAAAUUAAAGAAAAAAAUUAAUUACUACAUACAAAAAUAUGUAAUGAAUUAUAUAAAAUACGAUAAAAAAAACAAAAAUGUUAAUGCAAUUUUGCUUGAAUUAUAUAUUAACGAUUCAGAAAAACCUGUACAAGUCAGGCAAAAAAAAAUAUUAAAAAUGUUACGCUCCAAUUACCCAAUUGACACAAAUCAUAUAAUUCAGAUGAUUGAAAAUAAAAAUUUUAAUUUGGUUACGGCUUUGUUGUAUGGGAGAAUCCAUAAGCAUUAUGAAAGCUUGGAAAUUCUUUGCGAAGAAGAUUUGGGAAUAUGUGAAAAGUAUUGCCACUAUUAUAGCUUCAUGUUAAAAUGUUUUGUAAAAGGGCUAAAAAAAGAAAAAUAUGAAAGUAUAUUUUCUAGUAUAUACAACAAUGAUAAAACGAUAUAUCAAAAAUUGGUUAAUGAGAAAAACAAAAAUAACGAUAUAUCAACAAAUAAUGAAUAUAAACAAGAUGAUAAAACAGUGAAGAAGAAUAAAAAAAAAGCAAACAAAAUUAGUGAUGCAUUUAUUAAGGAUAUUAUUAAAGAAUAUCAUAAAUAUAGCUACAUAACAAUGAAUAAAAAUUCUUUGGAAAAAAUUAAAAAAUUAAAUAAUUUAAAUAAAAUAAAUGAUGAAAAUAUACAAAACAAAGAAGAAAAUAUAAAAAAAGAAUAUGAUUAUAUGCUUCAUUUAAUUGGUAAUGAAAAAAACAGUUCUAAUGAUGAUGAUAAUUAUGAUAUAACUAACUAUUAUGAUAACGAUGAAAUUUGUGAUUAUUCUUCGCAAAAUACUGAAACAAAUGCGUCAACAAAUUAUCAACAUUUCACAGAUAUUGAAAAUGAAAAUACUAGUGAUAGCUUAAUUAUAGAUUAUAGUGAUGAAAAAAAUAAUAUAAAUAUACAAGAACAAGGAUUUGCAAAAAAAAAAAAAAAAAAAAAAAAUGGAGAAAUUUCUAUAAUGGGAAAAAAAUCUCAAAAUUCCAAAUUAAAAAAAAAGAAGGACAAAUACAAAAAAUUAUUAGGAAAUAGUUCCCAAAAUCAAGAUAUUGAUUUACUGGAAUAUUUUCAUGUUUAUAAUGAAAACAAAUGUAGAUCAUGUGGUUUUUUCUUUUUAUUUAUUAAAGUAUGUAUGGAUAAAUAUAAAAAUAAAAAUACAUGUGAAAUAAAAAAAGAAAUUUAUAAAAAUUAUAUAAUCUAUAUUUUAAAUAAAUAUGCAAAUCAUAAUGAUUUAAAUAAUAUAUACAUAUUUAAAAUGAUACCGGAAAAUUGGAAAAUAUCAAAAAUAUCAAAUUAUGUAAAUUUUUAUUUGAGAAAAAAAUUAAAUACACGAACUAAUCUUGAAAUAUAUCACAAUCUUAUAAAGAGUAGCUACUUGAAUGUCACUUAUAACCUUAUUAAAAAAAAAGAAGAAAAAAUUCUUAUACAGGAUAGUAUAGUUUGCAAUGUUUGUAAUACUCUUAUUGAAGAAAAGGAAUUUGUUUAUUUCUCAGAAAAUGUUGUACUACAUAUAAAGUGUGUGUGCAAAUAUAAUACUGCCAAAUUGACAUAA